GAUAUCGACCUCCGGACUCAGCCGCUGGGGCGCAAGAUCCGAUCUCGAGAAACUUUCUCGUCGCAUGGGGCGCACUGAGUUGCAGUGCGAAUAGCUUUCAUGUCACAACUCCCGGACGAUGACCUGCAGCUGCCGAAGAACGAGUUUACCUACUUAGCCGGAAGCUCCGACCGGCCCUGGGAGCAUUUCACCGGCCGGUGGCAGGCCAUCAAGCCUGUGCUGAACGCCAUGCUGGCGGGCUGCAGCCAGACCAGGCCCUUGAGGGUGGUGGACCUUGGCUCGUGCAGCGGCUACUUCGCCUUGAAGGCGGCCUACAGGCAUCCUGAAGCAGAUGUCGUGGCGGUUGAAGGUUCCAUUGGCAUCGGCAACGGGACUGCAGGAAUGCAAGGUACCGUCCGGCAGAUCCUAAGAACGGAGGCGGUGCAGACGCAUCUUCGGUGGAUUCAGAAGCUGAAACUGGCGAACUGCUUCCUGGCUCCGGAGGUGUGGGACUACCUGCACAUCUGCAAUCUGGCGGCUCCGGGCAGGCCUUUCGCCUUUCGGGAUGGCCAGCAGCACAAGCCGAUCUGCGACGUGAUGUUCUUGCUCUCCGUGGUGCAUCACAUCGACAACAUCUCUGCCCAGCAGUAUGCGAGAGCAGGUCUCUCCAGGGUGCAGGGUGGCAUCGAGCUGCUGGCAAAGCUGUUGAUGCUGGCGCCCAGGCACUUUGUGGAGCUUCCGCAGCAGCCGUGGCUCAAAGAACUUUUCGAGGAGUACGGCACGGCGCGGAAGAUUUUGGAGGCCGCGGCCAAGGCCACCGGGCGCCAGUGGCUCUUCCGGGGUCCGAUCUUCACGGCCGAGUGGUUUGGGACUAGAGACCUUUGGGUGCUCGAGGCCCAGGCUCCGAUGCUGGACCUCGACAUUCAGUCCUGCCCCUUUCCGCUGCUCUACCGCGGCAAUGAGUCAGACGAACCGGACCCAGACGCAGUGGACACAAAGUUUUCCAAGGGCGACGGCUGGAACUUCCCUGGUGAGGAUAACCUGCCACUAGACAUGAAGUUGGAGGACCUCGAGCUGGCGAGUUUGGGCGCGCUGACGGAUCCGAAUCUGGUAGCCGUUGGUGCAUGCGAGAACAUCUCCGGCACCUUGCUUCAGCCGGCUGCGUACGCCACUGCCUCCGACCUCCUCCCGGCGCCGGCAGAGGUGGCUGCGGCUUUGAAGGCGGCUCCCACGGCCUUGCUGUUGGCGCACCUCACGCUGCGGGAAGCCAUCGCAGAGGCGGAGGACCUGCUGGCGACUUCGAAUGCAACGAAUUUGAGUGAGGCCGUGGAGCCACAAAAACCCUAGCAGCGUUCGG